AUGGGAGACGGAAGACAAAGGCGAAAAUUGGAGUACUGGUGGGCUACACUGCAUUUUUUUCUGAUGCUGUGCCUCGAAAAGCAGGCUUCAGCUCAGAUUAGAUACUCUGUUCCUGAGGAAGUGAAUGUUGGAUCCGCUGUGGGCAAUCCUGCGAAAGACCUGGGUCUUGACAUCAGAACUUUGACUGAGAGACGAUUUCGCAUUGUUUCUGGCUCAAAAGAUGAUCUAUUUACGGUAAAUCAGAAUAAUGGAUCCUUGUUAGUUCAAAACAAUAUCGACAGAGAGGCGAUCUGUGACGGAGAUGAUGCUUGUUUGAUUAAUCUUAAACUAGUUGUUGAAAAUCCUUUAGAGAUUCACUAUGUUAGUGUAGAAAUCAUUGAUGUAAAUGAUCACGCUCCAGUUUUCUCAGAAAAGGAGCAGAAUUUAGAAAUAGCUGAACAUACAAUGGUUGGGCAGCGAUUUCGAAUACUGGCUGCACGAGAUCCAGAUUUUGGGAGAAAUUCUGUCCGAUUUUAUAAAUUAAAUCAGAGUAAUCACUUUGAAAUUGAGAUGACAGAUGACGAAUAUAGGAUACCUUUCUUGGUUUUGAGAAAACCGCUAGACAGGGAGUUUAAGUCCAAACAUACAUUAGUUGUCACGGCUAGUGAUGGAGGUAAUCCACAAAAAUCGGGCACUUUAAACAUCACCAUCAACGUGCUCGAUUCCAAUGACAACCGCCCUGUAUGUCGUCAAGACAUGUCCUCAGUAAAACUGCAAGAAAAUACCCCUGUUGGUACAGUCAUCUUUCGACUGAACGCAACUGACUUGGAUGAAGGUUCAAACAGUGAAUUAGAAUAUUAUUUUUACAAAACUCUAAAGAGUAAAGUAUACGAUAUAUUUGAUUUAGAUAAACAUAGUGGUGAAAUCCGAGUUAAAGGUGAAGUUGAUUUUGAGGAAACAGAUGUACACAGAUUGGAUGUGCAGGUGUCUGAUAAGGGACAGCCUCCUUUGACUGAAGACUGCAGAGUAAUAGUUCAAAUAGUAGACAUCAACGAUAAUCAUCCAGAAAUAGAGGUGACAUCCCUUUCUAGUGUGGUUGCUGAGAACUCAAAGCCAGGAACAGUGAUCUCACUCAUCAGUGUUAGUGAUAAAGAUUCAGGUAUGAAUGGAAAAGUGAUAUGUAGUCUGUCAGAAAAUGCCCCAUUUGAACUAAAACCAUCGUUUCAGGAUAACAUGUACUCCUUGGUGACAAAGCAGCGUUUAGAUCGAGAAAUUUUAUCUCAUUAUGAUAUCACAAUUAAAGCUACAGACUGUGGUCAGCCUUCGCUGUUUUCUGAAAAAACUCUGAACAUUCAGGUAUCAGAUGUCAAUGAUAACGUUCCCGAAUUUUCACAAAAUCCCCUUAUCCUUUACUUAGAGGAAAACAAUAUACCUGGUGCUUCCGUAUUCUGUGUAAGUGCUUCUGAUAAUGACUUAAAUGAAAAUGCAGCUAUUUUCUACCACAUCAAAAGGGGCGAUGAAGCACAAAAUAAAAUGACAAGCUUCCUUAAUAUCAAUUCUGAAAAUGGCAUCAUCUCCGCACUGAAAAGUUUUGACUUUGAGACACUGAAAACCUUCCAGUUCCAAGUUGUUGCCACAGACUCUGGAACUCCAUCACUGAGCAGCAACGUCACAGUGAACGUGUUCAUUUUGGAUCAGAACGACAACGCUCCAGUCAUCUUGUAUCCAGUCAGCGCGAACGGUUCUGCUGAAGGUGUGGAGGAGAUUCCCCGCAAUGUGAACGCAGGCCAUCUGGUGACUAAAGUGAGAGCCUAUGAUCCAGAUAUAGGAUACAACGGCUGGUUGUUGUUUUCACUGCAGGAAGUGAGAGACCACAGUCUGUUUGGUUUGGACCGCUAUACAGGACAGAUAAGAACACUUCGCUCAUUCACAGAGACAGACGAGGCUGAGCAUAAACUGGUCAUACUGGUGAAAGACAAUGGAAACGUUUCCCUGUCAGCAACAGCUACUGUGUUUGUCAAGGCUGUGGAGCCCAAAGAGGCUUUUGCAGCUGCUGAUGUCAAAAGUUCACCCAAAAAUGAGGAGGAGAACAAUGUGACAUUUUAUUUGAUAAUAACUUUGGGCGCAGUUUCAUCACUUUUUCUCAUCAGCAUCAUUGUGUUGAUUGUAAUGCAGUGUUCUAAACCUGCGGACUACUCAUCCAAAUAUUUACAAGAAACUAACUAUGACGGGACACUUUGCCACAGCAUCCAGUACAGAUCUGGAGACAAACGGUACAUGUUAGUUGGACCCAGAAUGAGUAUAGGAUCUACUGUAGUUCCGGGCAGCAAUGCGAAUACUCUGGUGGUCUCUGACAGGAGACGGACGUCUGUAGAGGUAAGCGCGUUUAAACUUUUAAUUUACAGUGGCAUAAGGACCGAAAGACAAAGAGGCAGAAUGGUGUCCUGCUCGCGUGUUCUGCUUUUCUUGCUGCUGCCGUGCAUCGGUGUGCUGGUUUCAUCUCAGAUAAGAUACUCCGUUCCAGAAGAGGUUAAAGUGGGAUCUAUAAUCGGAAAUGUUGCCAAGGAUUUGGGACUUGAUGUUAGCUCCUUGGUAAAUAGGCGUUUUCGUAUUGUGUCUGGUUCAAAGAACACGCUAUUUGAGGUAAACCCAAGCAAUGGAGCUUUGUAUGUUCAUAAGAAUCUCGACCGAGAAGAACUGUGCGAUAACAGUGGCGCUUGUUUAGUAGAUCUGAAAAUAGUUGUUGAAAAUCCAUUAGAAAUCCAUUACGUCAGUGUGGAAAUAAUGGACACUAAUGAUCAUGCACCAAGUUUUUCCGAAAGUGAAAAGUUAAUAGAAAUAGCUGAAACAACUUCACCAGGAGCACAAUUUCAGUUACCAGGUGCCCGUGAUCCAGAUGUAGGGAUCAAUUCCAUCCAGCGAUAUAAACUUAGUCAAAACGAUCAUUUUCAACUGGAAAUCAGAGAUAGGGGAGAGGACAAAAUACCUUUCUUAGUGUUACAGAGGCACUUAGACAGAGAACAGAAAAUAAACCAUAGCUUAAUUCUUACAGCAAUAGAUGGAGGAAACCCUCAAAAAUCAGCCAAUCUAAAUCUUACAAUAAGAGUUCUUGAUAUCAAUGAUAAUAGACCCAUAUUUUCUAAAGAGGUUUACUCAGUGAUGUUACAGGAAAACGUUGCUGUUGACACUAUUGUAAUAAAGGUACAAGCAACGGAUUUUGACGAGGGAAUUAAUGGCGUUGUCCAGUAUGCCUUCGGAGGUGACGUUAAUUCUAAGGUAUUAGAGCUAUUUUCCUUGGACAGAGAUGUUGGAGAAAUUCGAGUUAAUGGGCAAAUUGACUACGAGACAGCUGAAGUUUUUAAGUUAGAUGUCCAAGCCUCCGACAAAGGUCAGCCACCGAUGUCAUCAGACUGUAGAGUUAUAAUAAAGAUUCAAGAUGUAAAUGAUAAUAAACCUGAGAUAGAGGUGACAUCAAUCUCCAACAUGGUCCCCGAAAAUUCAAAACAUGGGACGGUGAUUUCUCUCAUUAGCGUUACUGAUGCUGAUUCUGGCCUGAAUGGAAAAGUUAUUUGCACUCUAACAGAAAAUGUGCCAUUUGAAUUAAAACCAUCUUUUAAAGAAAAUAUGUAUUCAUUGGUGACAAAAGAUAAACUGGACAGAGAAACCGUGUCGCAUUAUGACGUCACAGUAACGGCUACUGAUUGUGGUCAGCCUCCUCUUUCCACAGUCCAAACUCUGAGUAUUCAGGUUUCAGAUGUGAACGAUAACAACCCAGAGUUCCCACAUAAUCCUCUCGAAUUAUAUUUAAUGGAAAAUAAUGUCCCCGGGGCAUCCAUAUUAUCUGUCAGCGCAUUUGAUAAAGACAUGAAUGAAAAUGCUGCAGUAUCCUAUCACAUGAUAAGAGGAGGAGGUGGUCAGCAUGACAUGUCUUCUUUCCUCAGUAUCAAUUCUGAUAAUGGCCAGAUUUCCGCGCUGAAAAGUUUUGACUUUGAGACUCUGAAAACCUUCCAGUUCCAAGUUGUCGCCACAGACUCCGGAACUCCAUCACUGAGCAGCAACGUCACAGUGAACGUGUUCAUUCUGGAUCAGAACGACAACGCUCCAGUCAUCUUGUAUCCAGUCAGCGCAAACGGUUCUGCUGAAGGUGUGGAGGAGAUUCCCCGCAAUGUGAAUGCAGGCCACCUGGUGACUAAAGUGAGAGCCUAUGAUCCAGAUAUAGGAUACAACGGCUGGUUGUUAUUGUCACUGAAAGAAGUGAGAGACCACAGUCUGUUUGGUUUGGACCGCUAUACAGGACAGAUAAGAACACUUCGCUCAUUCACAGAGACAGACGAGGCUGAGCAUAAACUGGUCAUACUGGUGAAAGACAAUGGGAACGUUUCCCUGUCAGCAACAGCUACUGUGAUUGUCAAGGCUGUGGAGCCCAAAGAGGCCUUUGCUGCUUCAGAUGAUAAAAGUGCAGCAAAAGUUGAAGAAGAGAGUAAUGUGACAUUUUAUUUAAUAAUAACUUUGGGUGCAGUUUCAUCACUUUUUCUCAUCAGCAUCAUCGUUCUGAUGGUAAUACAGUGCUCCAAACCCACCGACUAUGCCUCUAAGUAUCUACAAGACACAAAUUAUGACGGGACACUGUGCCACAGCAUCCAGUACAGAUCUGGAGACAAACGAUACAUGCUAGUUGGACCCAGAAUGAGUAUAGGUUCUACCAUAGUCCCGGGCAGCAAUGCGAAUACUCUCGUUGUUUCUGACAGGAGACAGGCAUCUGGCGAGGUAAGCAUUAUUCUAAAGUUCCCUUCAUGCUGUAUCAUGUACAGACAAGAAACCAAGGUUCUACCACGUCUUUUGGCUUGA